UAUGUUUCGUGCAAAACUUUUUGUUUCGCUUUUCUUCAUAGCUACAAUUUUUUUACCAAGCUUUGCAAAUAUUUCCAAUUUUACGCAAUUUUACAAUGAAGUCUUGCAAUGGACAGCUCCAAGUGAAUCUUAUAAAAUGCCAGUCAAUAACAAUGAAUACUUUAAAAAUACAGAGAAAACUAAUGAGACUCUAGAUUACGGAACUUUCGAUUUUAUCAUAGUAGGUGCUGGCACUGCAGGUGGUGUAAUGGCUAAUAGGUUAACAGAAGAAAAUUUUAGGGUUUUACUAGUCGAAGCAGGAAGUGCUGAUCCAAAUACUGCAUCUGUUUGUGGUCUUGCCCCAUAUUUCUUAAAAUCUAAAUACAAUUGGGGCUAUAAUACUGUCCCACAAAAAAAAUCUUGUCUGGCUUGUAUUGAUCAACAAUGUAUAUAUCCAAGAGGAAAAAUGUUGGGUGGUACAAGUUCUAUGGGAGGAGGAAUGUACGUUCGAGGUAACCCCUUAGAUUUCGACUUAUGGAAGGAACUAGGCAACAGUGGCUGGUCUUAUCAAGAUGUUUUACCUUAUUUUAAGAAGGCUGAAAAAGCCGCAUUCAAAUCAAAUACUGAUAUCGAAUAUCGUGGAUAUUCAGGACCCCAAGUUGUAGAUACCGUUGAGGACACACCCGGAUUGACCGAAAUGUUAUUUCAAGCAUUUGAAGAGCUUGGUGAUAUUCCACGUGAUUACAAUGGAGUAAAUCAGUUGGGUAUUGGCAGAGUUCAGAUAAAUAUAAAUAAAAAUGUUCGGUCGAAUACUGCGCACGCUUAUAUUGCACCAGCCAAAAGUCGCUCCAAUCUUUUCUUAACCUUGGAUUCUCUGGUUACACAAGUUAUUACCCAGAACGACAGAGCUAAAGGAGUUCAGUUUGUUAAAAAUGGUCAGUUUUAUUAUGCCAGUGCUUCCAAAGAAGUAAUACUUUCUGCUGGUGCUUUAAACACUCCACAAAUAUUGAUGCUAUCUGGUAUUGGACCAAAAGACCAGUUGGAAAAACACAAAAUUCAAGUUGUUAGGGACUUGCCAGUGGGAAGGUUCUUGAGAGAUCUUGUAUGUUAUCCCGGAUUAAUUUUCAGAACAAAUAAAAUGUUUUAUGAACUAACGCUUGAAGAACAACUUAAACUUUGGUAUGAUGGUAAAAGACCUUUAGCCAGUGGAUGGGGUCUUCAAUUGGUCACAUAUCAUAGUCUUAUGAAUAGUUCCAACGACAGACCAAAUUUUGAAAUAUUUGUUCUUGGACCUCCAGCUAUAAGUCGCCACUUAGGAGCUAGUUUGCACUUUUCUGAGGAAUACAUCGCCGCUUUAUUUUCGAAUCUGAACAAAUAUAGUGACUUUUUAAUUACUAUAGCAUUACUGCAUCCUAAUUCAACAGGAGAAGUAAGGCUUAAGUCAAAUAAUCCAAAAGAUUUUCCUAUAAUAGAUACAAAUUUUUUUGGUGAAGAAUCUGAUCUCGAAAUUCUGUACCAAGGAAUACAAAGAUUGAUAAAGAUCAAAGACACAAAAGCUUUUAGAAGCUUUAAGGCAGAACUUUUGUCGUAUCCUAUGCCAGGCUGUGACGAAAUUUAUGAAAGUGGUUCUAGGGAUUGGUGGUAUUGUAGUAUUAGACAUUUUGCCCUUUCAGACUGGCAACCUGUAGGCACAGCCAAAAUGGGGACAAGUACCAAAGAUUCAGUGGUUAACCCGGAACUUAAAGUUCAUGGAAUUCAAGGACUUAGAGUCGUUGAUUGUAGUAUUAUGCCGACCCACAUUUCUGGUCAUACCAUUGGAGCUGUCGUGAUGAUUGCAGAGAAAGCUUCAGACCUAAUUAAAGCUGAAUACAAAUGAAAUUAAAAACAUACAACAUGAAAUUGUAACUCUUUUUACACAAUCAAAUUCUGAAAAUAAAUUUUAUUUUUUUAAUGACA